AUGACUGGUGGCAUUGUCAUGCUGAAGGGUCAUGUCAGGAUGAGCCUGCAGGAAGGGUACCACAUGUGGGAGGGGAGGGAGCGUCUUCACCGUAACGCACAGCAUGAGAUUGCCUGCAAAGACAACAAGCUCACGUUGCCCCAGGGAACCGUGAGGAAGGCAGGCCGUCUGGCUGUCAAGAACUUCCUGGUUCACAAGAAGAACAAGAAGGUGGAGUCGGCCACCAGGAGGAAGUGGAAGAAACUACUGGGAUGCACUUUGUUCUUCUACGAGACAGACGGGCGGUCGGGGAUCGACCACAACAGUGCUCCUAAACAUGCGGUGUGGGCUGAGAACAGUAUCGUCCAGGCCGUACCUGAACACCCCAAGAAGGACUUUGUCUUCUGCCUCAGCAACUCUCUAGGAGAUGCUUUUCUCUUCCAGUCCUGCAGCCAGACUGAGCUGGAGAACUGGAUCACGGCCAUCCACUCGGCGUGCGCGGCGGCCGUUGCCAGGCAGCAUCACCGGGAGGACACGGUGCGUCUGUUGAGGGCGGAGAUUAAGAAGCUGGAGCAGAAGAUCGACAUGGACGAGAAGAUGAAGAAGAUGGGAGACAUGCAGCUCAGUGCCGUGACCGAUACCAAGAAGAGGAAGACCAUACUGGACCAGGUGUGUGAGCUUAGUUACCAAUACCAAGAAGAGGAAGACCAUACUGGACCAGGUGAGAGAGAGUGUGAGCUUAGUUACCGAUACCGAGAAGAGGAAGACCAUACUGGACCAGGUGAGUGUGUGAGCUUAGUUACCGAUACCAAGAAGAGGAAGACCAUACUGGACCAGGGAGUGGUUUGGGCCGUACAUCUUGGUUUCCGGGGGCGGACGCUGCAGGGGGAUGAUGUGGCCGUGUAUGGCAGGGCGGACGCUGCAGGGGGAUGA